CUCCCUGGUCUCGCGCCUGCGCAGUUCAGGGAACGGUGCUGCUGAAGGAAAGUUUGUAUCCCUUUCCGAGCUGACGGACCCAUUGCUGUAUGAUGCUGCAUUUCUCGGAGGACAGAAACAGCGUUACUGAAAUUCUGCUCACGAGAAGAAAACCGAGCGACAUGGCCGCUAAGGUCGCUCAGCAGAAGCGAGCUUCCCUGCUGUGGGUCUGGGGUCAGUUUGUCCCUGAGCUGAAUGGAGUUUCCGCUGUCGGACUCUGCGUAGUGGCCUAACCACGGCCAGCAACACAGUCACGGGGAGAGACUGUUAAACAUGACGCUCCCACUGUAAUGAGAGCACACUGAUUCUCAUAUUUCCACUGGCUUAACCACCAAUAUGUCCGACCAAAGCUACUACUGGACCGUUCUGCCCAGCUACAAAACCAGUUUUGUGACUGGAGCAAUGAUGAGGAGGUCGAAAAGUUCCCGUAACAACAAGAGGAGGAGUUUGGCGGUCGGGACUCCGUCACCCACGCUGUCGCGACCUCUUUCACCUCUUCAUCUUGCAACAGCUGGAAGCAGUCCCUCAGAAAGUCCCAGGAAUAUUUCCACUAGCACGUCUUCCAACUUCCAGUUUGCCCGCAGCCAGCUGGCCCGCACCGAAAGCAGGGCGGAUGGGCGACGAUGGUCUGUGGCGUCUGUUCCCUCCUCUGGAUAUUGCACCAACGCCCCCAGUUCAUCAGUUUCUUCCUCAUCCUCCCAUGAGUUGCUGCACCAGCUGCCCUCUCAGCCCACUCAAGAUGACCUUCACGUCCUCUUCAAACAUUUGCGGAGCUCGGAGAGCGUGGUGGACGACGAAGGAGCUCACCCAGUGCACCAUGUCAGGGUCCGCUCACGCAGCCUCAGCCCUGGCCGGACCUGUGGAACAUUCGACAAUGAAAUUGUCAUGAUGAAUCAUGUCUACAAAGAGCGCUUUCCCAAGGCAACAGCUCAGAUGGAGGGUCGGCUGUUGGACAUCAUUUCGGAGUAUUCUCCGGACACCGCUCUGCCCCUGGCUGACGGUGUGUUGGGAUUCAUUCAGCACCAGCUGGUGGAGCUGGCCCGGGACUGUCUGGAUAAGUCCCAGGACGGCCUGGUCACAUCCAGGUAUUUUGUGGAGCUGCAGGAGAAGCUGGAGAAGCUGCUGCAUGAGGCUUAUGAGCGUUCAGAGAGCGAGGAGGUGACCAUCAUUAUCAAGUUGGUGAAGAAGAUUCUCAUCGUCAUCUCCAGACCUGCCAGGCUGCUGGAGUGUUUGGAGUUUGAUCCAGAGGAGUUCUAUCAGCGUUUGGAGGCUGCAGAGGGCCAAGCCAAAGUAGGCCAGGGCAUUAAGACUGAUAUUCCCCGAUAUAUCAUCAGCCAGCUUGGCCUCACUAGAGAUCCACUGGAAGAGAUGGUCCAUCUGGAGCAGCAAACCAGUCCGUGUCAAAGGUCAGCCAGUAGAGAGUCUGAUGACUCUGGAGAGGCAACACCAGUGCAGAGGGGUGCAGUUGCCUGCACCCCUCCUCGUCGGAAACCCCUGGAGAGUGACUUUGAGACUAUUAAGCUCAUUAGCAACGGAGCCUACGGGGCCGUAUAUUUGGUGCGCCACAAAGAAACCCGCCAACGUUUUGCCAUGAAGAAGAUUAACCGACAAAACCUGAUUCUUAGGAACCAAAUCCAGCAGGUGUUUGUGGAACGCGACAUCCUCACGUUUGCUGAAAAUCCGUUUGUGGUCUCCAUGUUCUGUUCUUUUGAGACCAGGAGGCACCUAUGCAUGGUCAUGGAGUAUGUUGAAGGUGGAGAUUGUGCCAACCUGUUGAAGAACAUCGGCCCCCUCCCUGUCGACAUGGCCCGGAUGUAUUUUGCAGAGACCGUUCUUGCCUUGGAGUACCUUCACAACUAUGGCAUUGUGCACAGAGAUCUCAAACCUGACAAUUUGCUGAUCACGUCCAUGGGCCACAUUAAGCUGACGGACUUUGGGCUGUCAAAGAUUGGGCUAAUGAACAUGACGACCAAUCUGUAUGAGGGACAUAUUGAAAAAGACACCAGAGAAUUCAUAGACAAACAGGUGUGUGGCACUCCUGAGUAUAUCGCUCCUGAGGUCAUAUUGAGGCAGGGUUAUGGCAAACCUGUGGACUGGUGGGCCAUGGGUGUGAUCCUUUAUGAGUUUCUGGUUGGCUGUGUGCCUUUCUUUGGAGACACCCCAGAGCAGCUCUUCGGUCAGGUUGUUAACGAUGACAUCAUCUGGCCAGAAGGGGAAGACGCUUUGCCAGCUGAUGCUCAGGAUCUGAUCACCCGGCUGCUGAGGCAGAAUCCUCUGGAGCGCCUGGGAACAGCUGGGACCACGGAGGUGAAGAGUCACAUGUUCUUCCUGGGCCUGGACUGGAACGGCCUCCUGAGGCAGAAAGCUGAGUUUGUACCUCAGCUGGAGUCUGAAGAGGACACGAGCUACUUUGACACACGGUCGGAGCGCUACUGUCACCUGGGCUCAGAUGAUGAUGAAACCAACGAUGACGAGUCGUCUCUGGAGCUCAGACAGUUCUCCUCUGUGGCUCACCGUUUCAGCAAGGUGUACAGCAGCUCGGAGCACCUGUCCACUUCCACCCCAUCCAAUCAGAGCCUGUCCUCGUCAGAGCGAAGCCACAGCGAGGAGAAGGAAGACCGCUGGGACGGCAGGGGAGUCCUCUCACCGGGAGACGGACACAAGAACUUGGCUGCUGGAGACAGGAGGACAGAUGGACCGAGAGGGAGUCUUCGUCCUCGUGCUUCCUCCAGCUCGUCACAUUCAGAACGCAGCGGCAGCCCGCUGGUCAUGAACAGCACGCAGAGCCUGGACGCAGCGGCUCGCAUCGCCAUCCCCACUGAGGAGGAAGAAGGAAUUGUCUCCAACCUGAGGCGGAUCCGCCUGCGGAGCAAUAGCACGGGGACGCGGCCGUCGUUCCGCAGAGGCACGUCGCGGCGCAUCGCCCACCAGCUGGAGACCCCAGAGAAACCCAGGUCCUCUGCUGGAAACGUCCCCAAGUCUGCUUCCAUCUCUGGUCUGUCCCUCAUCAUUACCCCAGAUGACUCAGCUGGUCCUCCUCUAAGUCCCAAAUCAUCCCUGUCCUUGUCGUCCAACCCGUCCUCCCGGGACUCGUCCCCCAGCCGUGACCUGCCCAUCAGCAUCAGCUGCCUCCGGCCCCCGGUGGUCAUCCACAGCUCUGGCAGGAGGUUUGGCUUUGCGCUGCGAGCCAUCAGGGUCUACAUGGGGGACAGCGAUGUCUACACUGUCCAUCACAUGGUCUGGUCCGUUGAGGAUGGCAGUCCAGCACACGAAGCAGGACUGAGGGCGAGCGACCUCAUCACCCACGUCAAUGGGGAAUCAGUCCAGGGUCUGGUUCACACCGAGGUGGUGGAGCUUCUGCUCAAGAGCGGCAACAAGGUGACUCUGCAAACAACUGCGCUGGAGAACACCUCCAUCAAGGUGGGCCCAGCCAGGAAGGCCAGCUACAAGGCCAAGAUGGUGAGGCGCAGCAAGAAGAGCAAGAAGAAGGACGGGCAGGACAGUACUAGGCGUCGCAUCUUUAAGAAGCUGUCAAAGCACACGGCUCCGCCUCCGAUGCAGAGCAGCCGCAGCUUCUCCUCUGGCUUCCCCCAGUCGUCCAGCGACAGUCUCUCCGGCUCCCCCACACCGAGCCUGUCACCGGGACCCUCCACGCCAUGCCGCUCCCCAGCCCCUGACCACUCUGGAGAUUCCAGUUCAUCUCCGAGUUCCAGUUCUCCCAACUCGCCGGUGCCACAGGCGCGCCCCAGCUCCCUCCAUGUUCACGGCCGCUACGCCAAAGCCGGGCGCUGCAAGUCCACCAGCAGCAUCCCCCCGUCCCCUCUGGCCUGCAUCCCCCCCCCCCAGCCGCUCUCCCCUCAGUGCUCUCCAUCUUGUCUCCAGAGCCAUCCCAAGACCCUGCAGGGCUUCCAUGGGAAGACACUGUCCCCCCCCAUGGUUGCUCGCCACUCGGUACGCCCACGCAGCGUAGAACCGCCGCGCUCACCCUUACUCAAGAGAGUACAGUCUGCAGAGAAGCUGACGGGAGACAAGACGGGUAAGGGAGGUUACCAUGGAGACAGGAAGGCAUACAGUACCCGCCGCCACACCAUGGAGAUGCCACUAUCGGAGGGGGAGGGCCUGGAGGACGAAGACGGGGACACCACCACUAGCUUUGUGUGUGUGGGUGAACACGGCCGGCAGGGGCUGAGCCUCGGGGGGCAGAAGGAGGUCCAUGACCCGGCCGGCGCGGGUGGGAACCACCAGAGGCUUGCCACCAGUUCGCCUCAGCACCGUGGCGGCAGCCACCAUCCCAAGGAAGUCAUGAGGAAGCUGGCUCUGUCAGAGCGAAGGGAUUCGUUUAAGAAACAGGAGGCAGUGCAGGAAUUGAACUUUGACCUGGAGGAGGUGGAGGAGACGCCGAGCCUGAAGCCAGAAGCAUUUACAGCAUCCUGGAUCAACCCGUCUUUGGCGGAAUCUAAAGGGAAAGAAGGGUUUUAGUUCUCCCUCAAACGACGCUUCACAUGGCCUUGCAUGAACCCAGGAAACUGUGACCAAGUCAACAAUAUUCUAUCAGAAGACAAGAAAUCCAUCCAUCCAUCCAUCCACCCAUCCAUCCAUCCAUCCAUCCAUCCAUCCAUCCACCCAUCCAUCCAUCCAUCCAUCCAUCCAUCACACCACCCAUCCAUCCAUCCAUCCAUCAUCCAUCCAUCCAUCCAUCCAUCCAUCAUCCAUCCAUCCACCCAUCCACCCAUCCACCCAUCCAUCCAUCCAUCCAUCCAUCCAUCCAUCCAUCCAUCCAUUCAUCCAUCCAUCCAUCCAUCCAUCCAUCCAUCCAUCCAUCCAUCCAUCCAUCCAUCAAUCACAAUCACUGGCCCUGUACAAGACGGACGGACACAGACUGCUAAACUGAUUACUUCCUCUCUUAGUUCUCAGAUCACUGUGGCACCUGUAACUGAUUUAGACUGUAAAUAUUUUAUUUUCAUUGAAGAAACUUAUUUAUGGCCUUCUAGACUUGUUUCUGUUUUUUAAGGCCUUUGAUGUUUCAGCCAGACAAGGUUGCUGGGCAGCGCAGUCAGGAAAACAGUUGCUUCUCUUCACAUGUUGCACUAUAGAACUUCACAACAUGCUUUCUGCCUCACAUUCAGAUCCGUUAAUCCUGAGUAUUGUGUAUGCAUCGCCAUGCCAUGUUGCCAAAGCUAGCUGUAGCCUUAGCAUGGUUUUCAGAAGCGAUACUAUAGUCUGGAUAAAGGCUCUUCCUCUGGAGUUGAACCUGCUGCAGCUCUCUGACUGGGAACAAGAUGGGAUUGUGUGUGUCUGUGCUUCCAGCCUGCUUCUCAUGCCUCGACACCAUCAACAUACAUGGCUUAGUUGACUUUUAUUGAGUUUUUAGCGUGUUUUUAUGAAAAAGAAGUUUACAUUUUCUGCCAAGUCGUCCUGGUUUCUGUUCAGUCAUAGAUGAGUCUUCAGAAUUCCACAGGCGGAUGAAGGAACAGGUGAACUUUUGUAUAUUUUGCUAUGGAACUAUCUUGUUUCAGUGCUAAUAAUAACCUAUGCUAUUGACUUGUACUGUAUAAUGGUGGACCUUAUAGCAGCUGUGUUCUAGUGAUGUUUUGUGGCCUUGUGAGAGUAAAUGGAGUCAGAUAAAAUCAAUCUUCUUCUGCCGUUCAGUUCAGAUUUUUGUCACAUCUGUUUUUCUACAGUUUUAUGUUUAAAUGUGUGAAAAGGUUAGUCACCAUUCUGAGAUAUUGAUUUCAGAUUUAAAUUUUUUGUAUGUGUGAACACAAGGGACUUGGUUGAUUUUUCUUCACCUAUCACUUUUUCUUUAAAUUCAGAAAAUGUUUAGUUAGUCCUGUCUAAUAACCUUUUUUUUCAUAGUAAAGGGAGAUUGAACUUGGAUUGGUAAAAGAAGCUGAACUCGGGAGAAAAGUUGCACACGAUUCAGGAUUAAAUAAACUUUUGAAUUUUUCACAGUUUAAGAGUAGAAAUUGAUGAGAAGUUCUUCGGUAGUAUUCAUUCAUGUUCAUCCAUUUGUAUUUGAAGUAUUUUAUUUUAUUUUUUUAUCACUUAGUGAAUUAGGAUCCGCGGAGUCUCCUUGUUCCUGGAACAUGUUUAUUCACACAAAACUUUUCCACUUCAAUGUUUGUGAAUUAAAUGUGCUCCUCCUAAAUCAACUAAUAGCAAUUGGGAAAGCGUACCACAUGGUUGUCUGCUUCAGACUGGUGUGAUAUUAAUUAUUCUCGUAUUAAAAGUGCUCAAAAUAAAUUAAAUGCAAAGGACUCAAGCCCUGGCCAAAACAAA